AUAAAAUCAAUGUUUAGUCCUAUUUGGGGAAUUUAAAAACCAGUAGUCCUAUUUGUGCUUUUUAGAGACUCAUUAGUCCUAUUUAGGACAAUUAGUGCUAAUGCUAAUUUCCAUUAAAGUGACCACAUUUACAUUUGGACAAAAAUGUAACUAAGAUGCUUAUUAAUGUCACUACACCACUUCCAUGUCACUGUCGGAUGUCAUUGUCGCCGUCAUCGCCUAUGUCACUGUUGUAGUGUUAUUGCCGUCGCCGCCAACCACAGUGACACCUUCGCAGUGACAUCUCUGUCUCAAAUUAUGGUCACAGUGACACGAAUACAUUGACACCCACCACUACCUCCGAUUGGUGACCGCCGUCGGCCAUAGUGACGUCAACACAGUGAUGUCGGAUUUUCCAGUGGCACCGCCCACCGCAAGAUACUCCGACCACCGCCACCCUCAACAGUAUAACUGUCGGAAGCUUUUUCGGCGCCCCACCGCCAAUAACAACACUACGGCCUGCCACCGCCGCUACCUCAUCAACCACCACCGCCCCUGUCCUGUCCACAAUCGCCACACCUGCCCCAUCCAGUCCCCCUGCCCCUAGCCGCCUACUCUAGUCCCCAACCCCCUCCCCCUAGCUCUACGCACCAGAUCCCCUCCCUCAGGUCCCUCUCCGACUUCGAGGAUGAUGGAUCCGGCAGAUCCGGGACCUGCUAUGCCAAACCUGAGACGUUAUCCACUGAGGUUGGUGGAUCCGGAACCGGCAGCGGUCGAUCGCCGCCCUCGAUGCUCGCCCAUCAGAUUCACAACCCUCAAAGCUCUAAUUUAGUCCCUUUGUAGUCGGAAUCGCCCCAUUUGCACUCAGUCAUUGGGAAUCACAUCAUCCCUGCAGCUAGAUAGAAAUAGAAGAAAAAGAAGGAUGGCUCAAGAUGGCAGUGCAACAGAGAGGACUUGCAGCGGUGACGCCAGAGGAAGAUGGUGAACGAAAGGCGGCGGCGAAGUUAACUCAUUGCUCAGAGUGGCGGUGUCGGAGGGGAGUAGAGCAACUAGAAAGUUUUCUAGUGGCGGUGCUGAAGUUACUCAUUGCUCAGAGGCCUCCUGGCACUCCCUGAGAAAAUUCAUGAAGGUUGUAAUGGAUCUCGAACUCACGUUGAUGAUCGAAGAUGAGUAAAUCGUCUACGUAGCCCAGUUGGGAAAUCACUGGGACCCCUCUUCCAAUUAGAUAAGACUAUUUCCGGAGAUACUUAUGACUGCGUAGAUAUUUAUGAGCAACCUGGCAUGAAUGAUCCUAAAAUGGACAGGGACAAACUUAAGAUGAUUAUUGCCAAGGAAUUAGAGAAGCAAAAUGCUAUACUUGCCUCGGAGGAAGCCCAAAGUUUAACGGCUAAUUCGACAGAUUUUUACAAUUUCAACCCGAGGGACAUAUGGUUAAACAAAAAAGGAUGUCAUGUGGGAAGUGUUCCCAUUCGUCGAUUGUCUAUGAAACAAUUAAAAAAGAUUCAAGAGCUACACGAAGUCCAAUACACCCCCUUUCAAAAGAUUGAAAACGACUCCUACCUCAACACAGGAAGCUUUCUUGAUGUAUACCCAACAUUAUAUGGUGAUUACAACCCUCGACUGUUUAGUCGAUGGACGAUAAUUAUGGAAAAACGGGAUGCUAUGUCAACCAUUGUCCAGGAUUCAUAAUACUUUCUAACUUUAUACCACUAGAUUAUGCAUUUCCAAGAUCGUCUGUAUCUGAAGGAACGCAAUAUGAUGUUACCAUUGAAAUUGUCAAGGUUUCAUCAGAUCCACCCGGGUGGUACCAAAUGUUCAAUGGUCAAUCUCUGGGUAUGUGGACAUCUUCAAUAUUUUCCACCAUGAGUGAAAGUGCCAUUCAAUUGCGAUUUGGAGGGGAAUGUUUCAAACCUGAAGGUGAAGAAGCUAGUGCUCAAAUGGGAAGUGGUGCAUUUGAGAAUGCGCAAUAUGAUAAAACUUGCUACAUGCGACAAGUUUCUUAUACUGAUCUUGUAUAUGGCGGAGCUAAUCUCGACAAUGCUAGGGUUCAAGUCCAUGAUUCUAGAUGUUACUAUGCAGGUGGUAACACAUAUAACACUAAAGAUCCGUGGUAUGCAUACAAUUUUUUCUUUGGAGGGCGUGGUGGUGAAGACGAGGAACGUUGUGUGUAUUAAUAAGACUAGCAAAGUACGCACUACGUGCGACUGAUGCCCAAUGUAUG